AUGUUGUCUACUCCUACUCCAUCGGCUUCAACCAAUCAGACUGAGUCUCCAAGUUCCAAUCUGCUCUCAUCAGCGGCACUACGUGCUAGGUUGGCAAGCCUUAAAACAGGUGCCCCCCGAGCAUCAAUGACCCCCCUUGUAGGUGCUUCCGUCACCGAGCUGUCCAAAAAGAUAAUCAGUACCCCAGUUGGCCAAGUGUUUACUGCCCAAUCGGAUCAGAUCAAGAAGGAUCUUAAAGUUCUUAUGGCUGAGAGCACGACCAGCCUCACCGCCGAAAUUUUAAAUGAGUUCCUUGCUGAGUUCAAUGACCUACAAAAACAAUACAUCUCCCAACAGAAUUUGGAGAUGAAACUUCAAGAGAUUAAGGAUCAGAUUGCAGCCAAAAAUCGAGAGCUGGUCCCGUUAUCCGAUCAGGCGACUGAAGCACUUAAUCAGGUUGAAGAAUGGUACUACAAAGCUGAAAAUGUCAAGCCGUUAUAUGACCAAGCUGGUGCCAAACUAAUGGAUACUCAUUCGGCAUUGGGGGAAAGUGGAAGCCGCUCUGAGAUAGUUCAGGGUUGA